UGGGGGUCUGGGGAGCUGGGUGUGUUCUGUCAGCGCCCAGCAUGCGAGCGCUCCGCAGCUGUUUCGGGCCAAGCCCUUUGCAGCCCUGUUUUGCAGUGGGCCGGCGCGCUGUGCGUGCCCCUCGUGUGCAGGCGCCGAGACUGCCGGGGCAGGCAUGCCGGAAGACAAGAAAGAGUCCAAGGACGUGGACAUGAAAGACGCGGAUGCCGACAAGGAGAAGGACGAUGGCGCUAAGAAGGAAGAGAAGAAGGAGCCGCCAAAGGACCCGAAGACACUCCUCAUUGAGCAGCUGAGCCAGACUCUCCGCACGAUCAGCGCGUGCGUGGCAGCUGGCGAGACGAGGGCGAUGGGCCGUGUGAUCCGGACAUUUGCGAGCACACGGCGCACGAUGAUGCCAGAGG